ACCACCUGCUUACCACCAUAUACUCGCGCGCGCGCGAAUACGUAGUUAAAACUAGAUAUUUCCGACUGAUUUUUGAGAGACAGAUUUCACAAAGAGUUAACGAAGUUCCGACAAACGUUAUCGAUUGCGAGGAGAGAGCGCGCAAAAAAAAGUUUUAAUCGUUUUCUUAAUAACAGGAGAUACCGCACAAAUGGUGCGACCGCCGCAUAAUGCCAGGUUGUUGAGAUCGUGCGAAAAGGUCUCCUAAGAAGAGAGGAGUUGCCUUUCGUUUUCGAAAGCGAUUCCGUGGGCGCGCGCUCGCGCGAGCCUUAGCGUUGAAAGGAACGGGCCCAGGAUGGCGGAGAAUCAGGGCAAUUCGUCGGGUCAAACCGGUUCCGGCAGGUCUUUCAAUUUUCCACGAAUGGAUUUUCGAACAAACAACGACGUUCAGAAUGAGAAUGCCCAGAAUGAGAUGUCAGAAAGACGAAGACAGCUAAAACUUAGUUUCCAAACACAAGGCAAUAAUUUGUCAUUUGCCAAUUCGACAAAUACUUCAUUUUCAAAUUCAACGGGAGCCACGGCUUGUCCACCAAUAUCCUCCCGUCCAAGUCUGCCUUUAUCUUUAUCCAAGCUGCCAGUCAAAUCUCGCAAUAUGUUGCAGCAGCAAGACUUUCUUCCCGAUAAGACAAGAGAUAAGCUGCGAAUGUGCCAGUCUAUGCAAACUACUGGCAAAUUACAAUUAUCUCCAGAUGUGAUAUAUGAUUUCACAAGUGAAGAUCUUCAAGAUCUGGGAGAAAUAGGAAGAGGAGGAUUUGGAACUGUAAAUAAGAUGAUUCAUAGGAUAAGCAAUACUGUUAUGGCUGUGAAGAGAAUUCGCUCUACCGUGGAAGAAAAAGAGCAAAAACAACUAUUAAUGGACUUGGAAGUUGUAAUGAAAUCGAACGAAUGCCCGUGUAUCGUGCAAUUUUAUGGGGCUUUAUUUAAAGAGGGGGAUUGUUGGAUUUGUAUGGAACUGAUGGACACGUCAUUAGACAAAUUUUAUAAAUUUAUCUAUGAGAGAUUGAAUCAAAGGAUACCAGAGUGUAUUCUAGGCAAAAUUACAGUGGCCACUGUAAAAGCAUUGAAUUAUCUAAAAGAAAAGCUAAGAAUAAUUCACAGAGAUGUAAAACCUAGUAAUAUUUUGUUGGAUCGACGAGGUAACAUAAAAUUGUGCGACUUUGGUAUAUCCGGUAAGCUUGUAGACUCGAUUGCGCGAACCCGGGACGCUGGUUGUAGACCGUACAUGGCUCCGGAAAGGAUAGAUCCGCAACGUGCACGUGGUUACGAUGUACGAAGCGAUGUGUGGUCGUUGGGUAUCACGCUAAUGGAAGUUGCUACAGGAUACUUUCCGUAUCCGAAAUGGAACUCUGUCUUUGAACAACUUUAUCAAGUGGUACAAGGUGAUCCGCCACGACUUUCCCCCAAUGAAAACGGCAACCACUUUACCAUGGAUUUUGUCAACUUUGUCAAUACAUGCUUAAUUAAAGAGGAAACUCAGCGACCCAAGUACAAUAAAUUGCUGGAACAUCCGUUCAUCAGACAAGCGGAAGAAGCGACGAUCGAUGUUGCGGCGUACAUUAGCAGCGUUUUGGACAAUAUGACUAAUAAUGGUGUAACACCGUUUACCACCAAUCAACCCUAAGAAUCGGCAAAAUUAAAGCGGCACAACAGGGCACGUUAUAGUACCUUGGUUUUUGCAAGUUCUUUGCAGUCCAUCACUCUGUACGAACUCCCUAUCAUCGUGCGUGAAAUCAUGAUGCGCGCACGGUAUUACUGCACUCCCCGGUGAUAUAUCUAGCAUUAAGUAGCAAAAGCGAUCGUCACCGUCAUCUCGCUCGAAGUCGUGCUCUCUCGAAGACUUUCGAGAGGAAUCUUCUUCUCGGCGACAAACCACGUCGAGCCGAGAUUGUUAUAAAUAGCGCGCGUAUGAUCGAAUGAUGAUAAUCAGCGCGCUACAAAACAUCUCUCCUCUCUAACUAACUUUGUCUCUCUCCCUUGUUCAAAUACACUUAUAGAUACAUGAGUUCAAUUUUUUUUUCUUUGCAAUUCUUGCAAUCCGCCACUUAAAAAAAAAAAAUUUGUGAAUUUUCAACGAUAAAUAUCAUGUAUAUGCCCAUGUAUAUAAUAGGUACGUACACAUAGAAAAUGUGAAUGUAUGUAUCUAUGCAUAAUUAUAUCUUGCCUAAAGUUUUAAUUUCCACUUUUUGUAAAGAAUAUAUUUGGUAAAAAGAUACAUAUGUAUAUAUAUACAUAUAUAUAUAUAUAUAUGUAUGUGCGUGUGUGUGUGUGUAUAUAUAUAUAUAUAUACAUAUAUAUCUUGAAAACUAAUCGCCAAGAUGGAUACACCCGCAUAGAUCGUUUUUUCAUGAUUUUAGGAACAGAUUUAAAUACGAUAUAUCAAAUGUUAGAGGAGUGCUGCAAUGUAAUGGAAAUAAA